AUGAUCAACUUGAAGAGCGCCAUUGUUGAAGACUUUCACAAAAACAUUGGUAGUACCAUUGAUGACGACUGGGUCGUCCUCAGGGACGAGAUUGAUUUUGGCAAACCGUCGAGCGAGGGACCUGCUGCUUGCCCAGCACCCAGACCACAGGAAGAGCUUGCGCCCCGAAGGCAACCUCAGAGACCUCUUGAUACGUCAUCCAACCGUUGGGAGACCUUUCCACUAAGGAUUCAACCAGCAUGA